CCUUCUCCCCAUAGAGGAACGGAAAUUCUGAUACCCUCCCUCCCAACUCCACCGUAGCGCAGCCGCCUCCUCUCCGUCGAGCUUAUUUCUGUUCACCAAUUCUUCGCCGCCUUAGGGGCCAUUGCUAGUUUUUAUCCACGCUAAGCCGCCGAAGCUUCGACCUGCAGAGUUGCCGUCUUCGCCGGCCUUCUUCGUCGUUGUCUGAAUUGGCGCCACCGUGCUUGAACGAAGCCUUCAUACUUCUUUGUCUCUGUUCAGAGGGCGCCGGGGUGCUGAAAAGCUUUUGAAGGCUGUAUUUCGACUCCCAUAGUUGGUUUAAAAAUGGGGUCAGUGAAGAGAAAGUCUGUUGAGGAACCAACCGGGGAGCCUCUACCGCCGCAGAAGCAGCAAAGAGAGAACGGUUCAGCGUUUCAGAAUGGGCAAGUAGCUUGUGUGCACGAUGUCUCGUACCCGGAAGGCUACGUUGCUCCUCCUCCUUCUGACCCUGCAGCUCAGAAGCCCGACAAGCCAGCAAAAGAAUUCCCCUUCGCUCUUGAUCCUUUCCAGUCCAAGGCUAUCAGCUGCCUCGACAAUGGGGAGUCUGUCAUGGUCUCAGCGCAUACCUCAGCUGGCAAAACUGUGGUAGCGUUAUAUGCUAUUGCUAUGUCUCUGAGGAACCAGCAAAGAGUCAUAUACACCUCACCAAUCAAGGCGUUGAGCAAUCAAAAGUACAGGGAGUUCAAAGAAGAGUUCUCUGAUGUCGGUCUGAUGACGGGAGAUGUCACGAUCGACCCUAAUGCUUCUUGUUUGGUGAUGACCACUGAAAUCUGGCGUAGUAUGCAGUACAAAGGGUCAGAAAUUACACGGGAAGUGGCGUGGGUAAUUUUUGAUGAGGUGCAUUACAUGCGCGAUCGAGAAAGGGGUGUAGUGUGGGAGGAAAGCAUUGUUAUGGCCCCGAAAAAUUCCCGCUUUGUUUUCCUUUCUGCUACUGUACCUAAUGCAAAAGAGUUUGCUGAUUGGGUUGCCAAGGUCCACAAACAGCCAUGUCACAUAGUGUAUACUGAUUAUCGACCGACGCCUCUUCAGCAUUAUAUUUUUCCUGCCGGGGGUGAUGGUUUGUACUUGGUGGUGGAUGAAAAGGGAAAGUUUAGAGAGGAAAGCUUUCAAAAAGCUCUAAAUGCUCUGAUUCCCAAGGGUGAAAAUGAGAAGAAAAGAGAAAAUGGGAAGUGGCAGAAGGGUUUGGUGGUGGGGAAGCUUGGUGAAGAAAGUGACAUUUUUAAGAUGGUGAAGAUGAUCAUUCAGCGCCAGUAUGAUCCUGUUAUACUCUUCUCUUUCAGCAAAAGAGAAUGUGAAUUUCUUGCUAUGCAGAUGGCAAAGAUGGAUCUUAAUGACGAUGAUGAGAAAGCAAACAUAGAAAACAUCUUUUGGAGUGCCAUGGACAUGCUUUCAGACGAUGACAAAAAGCUGCCCCAGGCAAGUUUGCUUCCUUCAACGUGCUUGUGUGGUCCUACCUUUUUGAGAUCUCAUGUUUCAAAUAUGCUACCUCUCUUAAAGCGUGGCAUUGGCGUGCAUCAUUCUGGGUUGCUACCUAUUCUGAAGGAAGUUAUUGAGAUUCUAUUUCAGGAAGGAUUGAUCAAGUGUCUAUUUGCCACAGAAACCUUCAGCAUUGGUUUAAACAUGCCUGCAAAAACUGUGGUGUUCACAAAUGUUCGGAAGUUUGACGGCGAUAAGUUUAGAUGGCUAUCUAGUGGAGAGUACAUACAGAUGAGUGGGCGAGCUGGUCGUCGAGGAAUUGAUGACAGAGGGGUUUGUAUUCUUAUGGUGGAUGAGAAGCUUGAGCCGUCUACUGCCAAGUCAAUGGUUAAAGGAAGUGCUGACAGUUUGAACAGUGCAUUCCAUCUAAGCUACAACAUGCUUCUGAAUCAAAUGCGAUGUGAAGAUGGGAAUCCUGAAAAUCUGCUCCGGAAUUCUUUCUAUCAGUUUCAAGCUGACCGCGCCAUUCCUGAUCUAGAGAAACAAGUGAAAUUUCUGGAGGAAGAGAGGGAUUCAAUCGUCCUAGAAGAAGAAGAUAAUCUGAAGAACUAUUAUGAUAUGAUUCAACAAUACAAAAGCUUGAAGAAGGACGUUCGUGAUAUUGUGUUCUCUCCUAAACACUGUUUGCCAUAUCUUCAAUCAGGCAGGCUUAUUUCUGUUGAGUGCUCUGUGGUUGAUGAGGAUUCAUCAUCUUUCUUGAUAGAGGACCGAGUUACAUGGGGUAUCAUCAUCAAUUUUGAAAGAGUGAAGGGUGUUUCUGAAGAUGAUGCAAGUAAAAAACCAGAACAUUCCAAAUACACCGUUGAUGUUCUUACAAGGUGUUCGGUAAACAAAAGCGGAGUUGCUAAAAAGACUAUAAAGAUAAUUCCAUUGAGAGAGCCUGGAGAACCAUUGGUUAUUUCAGUCCCAAUCUCCCAGAUUUAUAGCUUGAGUAGUGCUCGCUUGUACAUGCCAAAAGAUCUUUUGCCUCUGGAAGUACGAGAGAACACUCUGAAGCAAGUUGCUGAAUUUCUUUCUAGAAACCCUAGUGGAUUGCCUCUAGACCCAGAAGGGGAUAUGAAGAUCCAAAGCAGCUCUUAUAGCAAGGCAGUCAGACGCAUAGAGGCUUUAGAGCACCUAUUUAAAAAGCAUGAUAUUGCGAAGUCUCCCCUUAUUGAGCAGAAGCUUAAGGUAUUACACACAAAGCAAGGUUUGACAUCCAAGAUCAAGGCCAUCAAGAAAGAAAUGCGUACAUCCACUUCGUUGGCUUUUAAAGAUGAGCUGAAAGCUAGAAGACGGGUUCUUCGUAGACUGGGAUAUGCUACCCGUGAUGAUGUUGUAGAGUUGAAAGGAAAAGUGGCAGGUGAAAUUAGUAGUGCGGAUGAAUUGGUAUUAACUGAACUAAUGUUCAAUGGGGUUUUAAAGGAUGCCACAGUUGAACAGAUGGUGGCUCUUCUCUCUUGUUUUGUUUGGCAAGAGAAACUCAAAGAUGCUGCCAAACCCAGGGAAGAACUUGACUUGCUGUUUUUGCAGUUGCAAGAGACAGCUCGAAGAGUGGCCAAACUGCAGCUUGAGUGCAAGGUGGAAAUUGAUAUAGAGAAUUUUGUGGGCUCUUUCAGGCCCGAUAUCAUGGAAGCCGUUUAUGCUUGGGCCAAAGGUUCUAAAUUCUAUGAGAUCAUGGAGAUCACACAGGUAUUUGAAGGUAGUUUGAUCAGAGCUAUUAGGAGAUUGGAGGAAGUGCUUCAACAGCUUAUAGAAGCUGCAAAGUCCAUUGGUGAAAUAGAACUGGAGGCGAAAUUUGAAGAAGCCGUUUCCAAAAUCAAGAGAGACAUUGUAUUUGCCGCAUCGCUCUACUUGUAGUUAUCCUUUAUUCUGAUGGUUUCACGAUGGUCAAGUGCAAAUGAGGUGACAUAUUAAACCCUGGGAGCCAAAGUUUCCUGCUUUGAGGGUGGAGAAAGAAUCUGUAAUGAAAGGGACGGAUGCUGUUGCUUGCAUUGCAUGAUAGAGCUGAAGAGGAAAAUGAAAAGCAUUGCUUCCUAUUCCAUCUAUAUGAUCUGCUGCGGGAAACAUGAGCUUCUCGGCCAUACCCUCUAUCUGCCAAACAACUAGUGAUCUCCAAGAAGAACGGUCAGUAGAUUCUGAAGGUUUAAGGUAUGGUUUUCGUCUGCUAUAGAAUGGUGGAUUUGAUAUCUAUCAUGCUUUUAGAAGUCAUAUAUAUAAGGCCUUAUCCUAAGCAUUUUGUAUUUCCCUUUGUCUUUAUGUAAUUUAGGGGUAGUGCACCAACUUUGCUUUCAGAAACCACUUGUAGUAGUCAAAUGAUACGCCAUGGACACCGAGUGAUGAUCUGAAUGAAAUUAUACUUCAUAGGUGCUAAUUUUGCUUCUCGUAUUGAUUGAGCCUUUCUCUGACUCCCACAUUUUGUUAUUGCAAUCAACUUUAUUAUGUAGCCUGUAUUUCAUACACAUCUGCCAUUACAUAUAUGAAAUCAGAGCUUCUUUCUAGUGUACAAUGAACGAUAAUACCAAACAAGAGGAGUUGACAGAAGGAUAGCAGAACACAAUAAACUAGCUCCUCUGGCUCUGCUCAUAUCAUGUGAACUUCCUGAAUCCGAAAACAGGGGAGGAAGCAACCAAAUAAAUUGGCACCAAACUUCGCUACAGAAGUAAAGAAACCACCAGCUGACUUUCUCUCCAGUUUUGUUGAUGAUGUCUGCUGCGCAAGCGCAACGUUAGCAGGCACUCCAUAGACAGGCUGUGGAUCCAUGUACUGCUGAUAAGAAGAUGACGGCAGAGUGUUCUCAGUGGGGCAACUCUGAAUUGCUUCCACUGUGAUCUCUUCAGACGUGAAGCGGCUGGUAUGGGUUUGAUACGAGAACUGGGAAACGUUUUGUUGUUGCAUAAGAGGAGAAGUCUCGAGCCAUGCUGGCAACGGAGGAGCCGAUGGCUGCGGCGGCGGUGGAGGGGGAGGGAUGGAGUAUGAGUAGCAGCAAUGGCAGGUGGAGUUGAGGUGGUAGUAAGAAGGAUCGUGUUGAUACACUGACGCCUUCUUCUUUCUCUUCUUUCUUGGCCAGAACUUCUUGAGCUUCUUCACAGCUUUGAUCAUGAGGAUGCCCUGCUGCUGCUUGUCUUGCUUAGAACUCGUAGCUGCAGAAUGAUUGUUAUGUAUUCGUUGUGGUAAGGGAAUGAAGGAGCGGGUAGAAAGUUAAGGAAAGAAAAGGAGACGGGAACAACUUUUCUCAGCCCCCUU